CACCUCCCACCAGAGACCCACCGGGCCUUACUAGCUCUUGUCGUCCUAAUUUUCUUUAUUUAUCUCCCUCCUUCUUCUCUUCUUCUAUCCAUAUUCCAUACCUACCCCUUCCCCCUGAAACCCCAUAUUUUGACUUGAAAUCUCACCAUUUUUGACUUCACUCCACAUUCACACCUACCUUAUUGCCCUUCCAGCAGAAUAAAAUCCUUAAUCCUCUUGUGCUGCAUUGCUAUUGUUAUUGCUAUUGCUAUGACUACUACACUCUUACCCUUCUCCUUCACGGAGCUAACCUCGUACCUCCUAUGCUUCAUCCUCCUCCUAAUUCUCCUGGAACAGAUCUCGUACCUAGCCAAGAAGGGUUCAAUCCCAGGGCCAUCCCUGGUGGUACCCUUCCUGGGCAACGCAAUCCCAUUGGUCCGAAACCCCACCAGCUUCUGGGACCUGCAAUCCUCCCUGGCCAAGUCCACCCCCCUAGGAAUCUCUGCCAACUACAUAAUCGGAAACUUCAUCGUGUACAUCAGAGACACCGAACUCUCCCACAAAGUCUUCGCCAAUGUCAGGCCCAACGCCUUCCACCUGGUGGGCCAUCCCUUCGGGAAGAAGCUCUUCGGCGAACACAACCUCAUCUACAUGAUGGGCCAGGACCACAAAAACCUCCGCCGUCGGAUCGCCCCCAACUUCACCCCCAAAGCCCUCUCCACCUACACCGCACUCCAGCAGAUUAUAAUCCUAAACCACCUCAAGUCCUGGGUCUCCCAGUCCCAGUCCCAGUCCCAGGCCCAGGCCCAGGCCCAGGCCCAUAAUUCCAUCCCCAUCCGCAUUCUCGCCCGCGACAUGAACCUCGAGACCUCCCAGACUGUCUUCGUGGGCCCCUACCUGGGCCUAAAAGCCCGCGAGCGCUUCGAGAGGGAUUACUUUCUUUUCAACGUUGGCUUAAUGAAGCUCCCGAUUGACUUCCCCGGCACCGCCUUCCGAAACGCCAGGCUCGCCGUCGAUCGCCUCGUCGGAACCCUAGCCACGUGCACGGAAAUGAGCAAGGCAAGGAUGAACAAAGGGGAAGAGCCUUCCUGCUUAAUCGAUUACUGGAUGCAGGAUACCUUGAGGGAGAUCCAGGAGGCCGGAGAGGCGGCGCCACCCUUCUCCACCGACGCCGAGAUCGGCGGCCACCUCUUCGACUUCCUCUUCGCGGCGCAGGACGCCUCCACGUCGUCGCUGCUGUGGGCGGUGGCGCUGCUGGACUCGCACCCGGAGGUGCUCGCCAAGGUGCGCGCGGAGGUCGACGGAAUCUGGUCGCCGGAGUCGGAUUCGCUGAUUAGCUCGGAGAUGCUCCGGGAGAUGAAGUACACGCAGGCGGUGGCGCGUGAGGUGGUGAGGUUCCGGCCGCCGGCGACUCUGGUGCCGCACAUCGCGGCGGAGAGGUUUGAGUUGACGGAGACGUACACGGUGCCGAAGGGAGCGAUCGUGUUUCCGUCGGCGUUCGAGUCGUCGUUUCAGGGGUUCACCGAACCGGACCGGUUUGAGCCGGACCGGUUCUCGGAGGAGAGGCAAGAGGACCAAAUAUAUAAAAGAAACUUUCUUGCGUUCGGGGCUGGGCCCCACCAGUGUGUGGGUCAAAGGUAUGCGUUGAAUCACCUUGUUCUCUUCAUUGCGAUGUUCGCCACGUUGAUCGAUUUCAAGAGGGACAGAACCGACGGUUGUGAUGAGAUCGCCUAUGUGCCUACCAUUUGCCCCAAAGACGAUUGCAGGGUCUUUCUCUCUAAGCGCUGCGCACGGUAUCCUUCCUUCCCUGCCGUCGAGGACCUUGUCAAAUGACCGCAAUGCCCUUCUUAGUUGUUGUUGUUCCAAGCAGGUUAUCCAUUUUUUAUUAAAUUUCAUUUCUGCUUUGUGUUUAGCCGCCACAAAAUUGUGUUGACUUUUUUUCUUAAAUUUGUUUUUUAUAAUGUUGCAAUUCUUGUAAGAGUUCGUGUAUGUGAAUGUGAGAGGUCAUUGGAUGGUGGAUGAUUGGUUGGUUAUUAGCAAUCAAAUAAAACGAUGAAA